CGCUCGUACCUCGCUACGCAAUAACUCUCUCUACGGCGAGACUCGCUACUCUUUAUAUCGAUUCGUUGAUGUCCCCCGUUCGCCCUCCCAUUCGGUCUCGAUUCGCAGUUCCCCACAUACCAUCGUCUCCCGUCCCGCACCGAUUCGAAACAUCGUCGCGUCGACGGCAAAAGGUCGCCAUUCUAUCGCAGGGUCAUAAACUUCCAUCGCCAAUUCUUGCGUAGGAAGGCGGGUUCGACACUAGCGAACCUAGUCGCCGUUAGUUCUGGCUGCAUCCUCCCCGAUCCGCCUUCUAAAACAACGUCCCCACGAUCUCUGCGACCGCAAUCUCGUCCACUGCCGCCUCCACCCCUAAAUCAUCGCUUCGCCAGCCCACCUCAACGACUUCGAUCUUACCUUUCGCACGACCUAGCCCUAUUGCACGACCACCAUAGCACGGCAACCGCGCGGCGGGAGGACCAUCACUCAUGGCCUUCGCUUCUCUUCCUUAUGAAUACAACGUUUGGACACAAGACCCUGAGAAUCCUCAUCACUCAUUCAGAUAUAUUCAAGAGUAUACACCACCUGGAGUGAUUAAGCGUGUCGGUGCGGGUAGUUCAAGUGUUGUAGGAUUACUUAAAGAUGGUACUGUCCUUAAGUAUCCUCUAGUAAAGGGCGAGGGUAUGGAGAAUCUUGCCGUCGAGAAGGCUAUCUAUGACGCUCUUGGCGAUCAUGAGAGGAUUGUCCGAUGUUUGGGCAUUACAGAAGAUGGGCUUAAACUGGAAUUCGCAAGCCAGGGAAGCGUUACUGAUCACCUGGGCAAAAAUCCUGCACCAUCCACGGCCUUUCGAUUGAGAUGGUGCCGGCAAGCUGCUGAAGCCGUCGCCUUCCUUCACACUAAGGGAGUCAUCCAUUGCGAUCUUCACACGAACAACCUUUUACUAGACGCCGAACUAAACGUCUUACUCUCAGAUUUCCAAGGCACGUUUAAAAAACUUGAUGGCUACGCCAUGGAAAGCGCUCGGUAUUUUCUCCCACGGGAAGCGACUAGUCCGCCAAAUGAAGUUUCGGACAUAUUCGCGCUCGGCACACUGAUGUAUACGAUAAUGUCCGGGAUCGAACCGUACCCUGAGCUGUCAGAUGCAGAUGUGGAGAAGCGCUACCAAAGGCUGGAAUUUCCUGAGACUAAUGAUAUUGUCUGUGGGAGGAUGAUUCUACGAUGCUGGAACAGGGAAUAUGCAAGGGCUGAGGAAGUGGUUCAUGACCUUGUAUAUUUGGAGCAGCAAGCAAUGGGGAACUGAUUUCCAAACUCUCCUUUGAUUUCGAAUACUCUAACUACCGUAGAAACCGUCCCAUUUCCCCUACUAGUUGGCUGCUCCGGCGCAACGAGAAAAAAAAGGGCUUUUAUGACCAAGACAAUCUGAAAUAUG